UAUGACUGCUUUUCAUAUAAAAAUUUGGCGCCUACUAAACUCUACUAAACUCUAAAGACAACCGAAGAAUCAUAAUAAUUAGAUCUAGACUAGAUCUAGAUCUAGAUUUAUUACACACUGUGUCACACAUAAAAAUUAAAAUAAUGGCAACGCAACUAAAGAAAAGCAUAAUAUCUGCAUUUAAAAUGCAUGGUCUUACAUUAAGAAGUGAAGCAAGUUCUUAUCUACAAGAUGUCUUGGAGCCUGUGGAUUCUUCUGAAAGGGAACAGUGGCUAGAUAAAAUAAUUGACAUUGUCCAGAAACAAUCUUUAUCAUCAGCUAUGGUUGGUAAAGAAGUUUGUGAAGCUGCAGUUCAAGAAUGCAAUGCUGAGCAAGAAGAUGACAAGGAGUCUAUCUUCAAUGUUAUUGAUGCCUUCUCCAUUCCAAGAUUUAAAUAUUCCAAGGAAAGGAAAAAGUUCAUACCUUUCUUGUUCUUUAUGUUGAUGGAUAUUCUAAGAGAGUCCACCCUAUUAAAAACACCAAAACUGCACGGGGAAGCAUCAGAUAAAGGAGAAAUGUUUAGAGAUCGUUAUACUGUAUUACAUCAGAGAACUCUUCGCCAUUCAUUGUUCACACCUCCUUCAUUAGGCUCUGUCAAUACAGAUAGCAACAAAUUUCAGUUAAAACCUGUAGAGUACCUAGUAGGAAGUACUACAAAAGUUGGCAAUGUUAUUGUCCUGGGGAUGUUGGUUCAGUUGAAAGAGGGGAAAUGGUUUUUAGAGGAUCCUACUGGAUGUGUUCAGCUUGAUUUAUCUAAUGCUGAAUUUCAACCUGGACUAUUUACAGAGAAUUCCUUUGUUUUAGCAGAAGGUCACUAUGAAGAUGGUGUUUUCUAUGUUGAUGCUUUUGGUCUACCACCACCUGAAAAGGCAGAUACUACAAGGUCUUAUUUUGGAAAUAUCAACUUUUUUGGUGGACCUUCAGCUAUCCAAGUAAAAUCUUCUAACCGUUUAGCACAGAUAGAAUCAGAAAACACAGACGCCAUGUUUGUUUUGCUUUCAGAUGUCUGGUUAGAUAAUGGCAGGGUGAUGGACAAAUUAAAUAUUUUAUUCAAAGGUUAUUCAGAAUUUCCACCCACAGCAUUCAUUUUUUGUGGAAAUUAUUUAUCUUCUCCUAAGGUACUGAGUCAAGCCAAAAUUUUAACUGAUUGCUUUAGAGAUUUAGGGAAUAUGUUGUCCCAGUACCAAAAUAUCAUUGAUUCAAGUAAACUUAUUUUUGUUCCUGGACCAAAUGAUCCUGGCCACUCUACAAUACUACCUAGACCAACUAUUCCCAAUUCAAUCACAGAGGCUUUCAGAAAAAAAGUUCCUUCUGCCAUUUUCUCAUCCAAUCCUUGUCGAAUUCAGUACUGCACACAGGAAAUCAUCAUAUUUAGAGAAGAUAUUGUGACCAAGCUUUGCAGAAACUGUGUCAGGUUUCCAAAGGAUGGAAAUAUACCAAUGCAUUUUGCCAAGUCAAUAAUCAGCCAAGCACAUUUAUGUCCACUGCCUCUUCAUGUUAGCCCAGUGUACUGGGCAUACGACUCCAGCCUGCGAUUGUAUCCACUUCCUGAUGUUAUAGUUACUGCGGAUAAAUUUGACCCUUUUAGCACAACUGCUGUAGCAACAACUGUGAUUAAUCCUGGUUCUUUCCUGCGAACUGACUUUGGGUUCAAAGUUUAUUAUCCUGCCUCCAAACAAGUUCAAGACAGUCAGGUAACGGAUGAGAUUGACAGGACACUUAUUUCAUCAGACACUAUGAAUACAACAGAAAUACCUUUCUCCCAGGCAGUGGACAGCAAUAUAUCAUUGUCUGACUCUAUGGAAAUUCAGUAAAAAGAAAAAUUUAAUUGUCAAUGCUAUACAUGCUAUUCUUGAAGUGGUUGAUGCUUUACAAUGUCUGUUAUUGUAAAAUGAAAACUUUGUUGUCAAGACAAGUUACAAUGUAAGUUUGACUUGCACAGCUCUUCAAGACAUAAAUGUAAAACAUAAAAGCAAGUUACAGCUUUUUUUAGGACAGCUCUGUCUGGAAUAUUUGUGACCAACAGCAAGUUGUUUGUUUUACAUGACCAACAGAAAUUUCAACUUCCUAUCCUUACUGCCUGAUUUGUGAUUCACCAAACUUAAUUUGCCGAAAGUUGGCAAUUUCCAAGAUAUAAGAUUUUCAAGAAAAAUGUUGCAGUAUUUCUCAACCUGCACGCAAGAAUUGCUGCCUGAUCAUGUGGUAUUUGCUUUGGACUGUUGUCUCAAUGGCCAGAGUUUGAACCCUGCUGUCCUCUGGGAGGUUUUGACUAUGCUGUAAUAAUCUUUCAUUUUUGAAGGAUUGUGUGAAAUUUAUGAAACAAACCAUCAGCACUUGUGAUCAAAGCAACAUGUAACAAACUCAGUGAUGGUCUGCAACUGGAGCACACAAAUGUAUAUCAAGUAACUUCAAAGUCACUGCUUGUUUAUUUUAUAGGUCAUCUGCUUUGUGUGGAUGUUACUCUGUGUGUGUGUGUGAUCAGUUGUUGAAUUAGGCAAUGCAAUAAAUGUUUUCUACAGUAACAUGAUUCAAUGUGUAAAGAAAACAUGCAAAUUGUGUGAAUGUAAAUUUUUUUUUUAGCGGCCCCGAAAGGGGAAAAGAUGCUAUUAGUUUUGUGUGGCCUGUCUGUUUGUCCGUCCUGUUUAGAUCUCAGAAACUAGAAGAGAAAAGGAAAAUCGGACAUUAGAUGCAACAGCUACUUUUUUCUUUUCCGAAAGUGAACCAUCUAAUUUUUAAACUUAUCCAUACAAGCAGGUUUUUCAAAAAAAUACACCACUUUUCAAUGAAAAACUUCAGGGGAGGUAAGUCUUUUAAAAAGGUCACAGACUUUUUCAUUCAUAAAUUCACACAUUGGUACAAAAAAAUUUGCAUCUAAGGUCACAAUGGGAAAAGUAUCAAUGGAUAAUUAUAAAAUAGAUUUUUCAUUUAUUAACUAACUCAUGGAAUAGAAUGCUGAUUCAAAUGUUCUUUUUAAACAUGAUUUAAAUACGAACGUUUUAGUUGAAAAAAAAAAAAAAAAAAACUACUUUUAUAGCGCGUAGUUUUGCAACAAUCUAAAUUAGACUCAAUAAUUGACUAGAUUCUAUAGAUAUUCUAGAACUAUAGUCUAAACUACUCUAAACCUACAGGUAUAUUGAUCAGGUAUACUAGUGGGUAAUAGUGCACUAUGCUGUUCGCAUGUGAAACCGAUUACCUGUGUGGGCUAAUUAUUAUUUUUUAAAAUUUCUUAGCCUGUCUACUCCAAUAUAUUAAAUGACAUUGUUGGGGAGAGGUACGUAUCUGGGAGCAGUAGCGCCGGGUGAAACCUAGUUGAAAAAAUUAUAUCUUGACAAAAGCAGACACAUCGAAAAGAUAAUUAUAUUAAAAUCUCUAGAUAUAUGCCUAGACAUGUCUAAAUGGUAGUUUAAGUUUAAAUGUCAAAGCACAACGUUAUACCACUUCUGUCUUAAAGUCUAACAAAAGAAACCUGUUCAGGUGAUGUUAUAAGUCUGUUUCUAAUUUUAAUUAAAUAUCAUUGUAAAAUUUGCAAUAACAUUUUAAUAAAUGUCAUAAAUAAUAAUAUAUGUAAUAUAUGUAUCAUGUAUGUAUAAUAAAUGUCAAACAGUGGGAUUUUAUAAUAGAAUUGACACACAUUUUACAUUUGAGAAAAAUCAAUAAUAGUAGGUUAUCAGCUCACUGUAUUUGUUCAACAAAAAAGAACUAACUAGCAAUAGUGUUUAUUGGAACAUAUUGAAGAAAGUUGAUGGGAAGGGAUGACACCCUGAGCUACCGAACCAGGUGCCACAGACACUGUCUGGGAGGUUUCCAUUCUGUUUUUAGGUGAUCAGUUGGAUAUCUACUCUACUUAUUCCAGAAGAUUUUUAUCAAAGACGAAGUGUCCUUGUUACGUCUUCAUAUUGGAUGAGACUCUUUAGACAUGAAAACGACAAAUCACAGUUUUAUAAAUACUUUAAUCGUUAUUAAUACUGCAAACACUUUCUUG